AUGUCACUGUCUUUUCUGGAAAUUCCAGAUGUACCAAUGGAAAUAAUAAUGAACAACUUGGAUUAUAUUGCAAUUCAAUCCGUUCGCAAAACUUGUUGGGACCUCCGGAACUUUAUUAAUGACAAAAAACCUGGAAUCUUCAUGAAACAUAUUGACAUUUCUGAAAUGCGCGAUGCAGUCAAACUGGCAAUCAGUACCCGUACAUUAGGACUUCCAGAAAACAUAUUUAUCAACUUAACGUAUGAGAAAUAUGAAAAAAAUGGAUGCAGAAUUUCGGGUGCAACAAGUGACGGGUACAAAAAUAAAAUUGUGGAAAACUUGAACUUUCUGGAUGCCGUUCUUCUCGAUUUCAAAAUUGCGAUAAACACUCAAAAAUCAAUAUUCGAGAGGGUUACUGUAGCUGAAAACUCGUUUUAUGAAAAAUUCGAAGAACAUAUGAAGUCACAAAAACCAUUUGCAACUGAAUCUAUGGAAAUCCACGCGGAUUCUCUGGAACACGCACGUCAAAUAAUGCAGCAUGCAGACCCAAAAUAUCUCAAGUUAAUCCACAUCUUUUCGCAUGAACCCAUCAAUAUUAGUGAGACUGUGAAGUUGGAAUCGUUGAAAAAUAUUCAGAACUUCUCUCAUUUUUCUUUAACUACCAUUCAAUUGGAGAAUCUAGACGUAGAGACGAUACGAGCAAUAAAAAAGAACUUUCUUCAAUUCCAUGAGUACGACAAGUACUUGUUUGUGCUCAAUGGUCCCAAUGUCAAUGAAAACUUGUUCAUUGACGCUUUUGGAGCAACUUUCAAGCCGCCAGGAGAAAUAGUUGAAAUUCGCUUUUUCAAUGUUCCUGGUAAUGAAGAAAAAGUGCUUAAAGUGCAUAACACACAUUUUUAUUAUCGGUUUCAGUUUAUAGGAGAAUGUGAGGUUCCAGAAGGUUAUGUGGUUCUAGAUUGA